CCUCAUUCCAGAACGUGACGUCGAAAAAGAACAUGGCGCUCUGGAGGAAAGGUGUUCCUUGACAGUUAACGAUAUUGAUCAAUAAUUUUUUGGUUUCAGUAUGGAUAUCUACAUGACUUAACCCGUACGCAUCGAACUAUGAUAUGCGGCAAAUGUUACGGUUCAUGUUCUCUUUUUAUGGACGAGGACACUGUAAAUCUGCGUCUGUUAGUGAGCUAAGCUAGAAGGAUGGAGAAUCGUCAUGGACUUGUUUUGGUUGUCGGUGGGAUCCUUCUCUCGGAGCUGUUACUGUGUCAAGGUGCCCCUAUACAGUACUUCCACAGAUCAGGAGAGAGCAGUGGGAAUGCCUCAUCCCUAUCUCCCUUCCUGCCCCUGGUGGUGUCCCUGACAAUGCUGGUUGUUCUGACGGUGCUGCUGGUCAACUGCGUCACUUGCUGCAAAGAGAGAGAAAUCAACUUUAAGGAAUUCGAGGACCAUUUUGAUGAUGAGAUAGACUUCAGUCCCCCUGCGGAGGACACCCCCUCCAUGCAGUCCCCCGUGGAGGUCUACACUCUGGCGGUGCCUCCCGUGGCUCUUCCAGGGCCCCCACACCUCCAGCCACCACCUCACGCCCAAGAUGGGUCGGCUGGCUCUCUGGUGGCCCGUCACAGCCUCAAUUAUAUCCAGGAGAUCGGCAACGGCUUGUUUGGCAAGGUGCUUCUCAGUGAGAUCUACACAGACCCAGGUGUAACCAGGGUUGUGGUCAAGGAGUUGAAUGCUAACGCUAGUGCUAAAGAGCAAAACAGCUUCCUGCAGCAGGGGGACCCAUACAGAGUGCUGCAGCACCCAAACAUCCUACAAUGCUUGGGACAGUGUGUGGAAGCUAUUCCCUUCCUGCUGGUCUUUGAAUACUGUGAGAUGGGAGAUCUGCGGGCCUAUGUGUCUCAGCAGGAUUGGAUGUUCAGAAAUGCUGAGCUACUGGAGCUACAGAGGAUGGCCUGUGAAAUUGCUGCCGGAGUCACUCACCUUCACAAACACAACUUCCUGCAUAGUGAUUUGGCCCUGAGGAACUGUUAUUUGACUGUCGAUUUGACUGUUAAAGUGGGAGACUAUGGGAUCGGACCACACCGAUACAAAGAAGAUUACAUCGUCACGGAGGAUGAUGUGUUUGCCCCUCUUCGUUGGUUGGCACCUGAGCUGGUGGGGGAGCGCUAUGGGGGAGUAGUCACCACGGAGCAGACCAAGCACAGCAACGUGUGGGCUCUUGGGGUGACACUGUGGGAGCUGUUUGAGAAUGGAGCUCAGCCCUAUUCCCAUCUGUCCGACCGGGAGGUCCUUAACCAUGUCAUCAAGGAGCAGCAGAUCAAGCCUUUCAAACCCCAGCUGGAGCUUCCCUACUCCGACAGAUGGUAUGAAGUCCUUCAGUUCUGCUGGCUCUCUUCAGACAAGCGAGCCACUGCUGAGGAAGUCCACCGGCUUCUCACCUAUCUACGUAUGCAGGGCCAGAAAGAUGUAGAGGAAGACUUUGAACAGCGGUGGGAUGCGCUUAAGCCCAACCCUACUGCACGGCAAAACACUGUCGGUGACUCCUCUUACCCAAUCUUGGAUAAUUUUGCAGACGACGCACUGCGUAAUGAGAUCGAUGAGGUGCUGACCGUCACUGAAACCAGCAAGGGCCUCAGCUUUGAGUAUGUCUGGGAAGCGGCCAAACACGACCACUAUGAGACCACUGACAGACGUUCAGGCAUGGACACAAUGCUGAACUAUCACAGCAUGUUCUUCCCCACUUCAACAGAGGACAUACAGGCCCAUUUUCCAGAUCCUGCCGGCGGUACUGCCGGCACGGACUCUAGUAGCACCCCGGCCAGCAUCCAUGGCAUCUUGCCGGUGUUCAAGGCACAAAAUCCCACUCAAGGGAAUGAGUUCUUCAUCCAACUUGAGGAAGAAGGUGAGGGUGUCGUUGGGGAAAAAAGAAAUGCAGGUCAAAGUGUGGCCCCGAGCUUAGCGAGGCAGGAGUUUGUUGUCCUCCAAGAUGUCCUUCUGGAGGAGUCCAGCACUGAUGCAGACUUCUUCCACCAAAGCAUUGACUCCAAGGACUCCUUCCUGCCGGACAGCCACGUUUGGUCCUCUCUGGAGAACGACAGUCCUGACCACACCAACAUCUUCACAGAGGACGAAUCAAAGCAGGAGGAUUCACUCUCUUGGAGAAGGAGAUUCAUGGAGUUGCCGGAGCGCGGCACCAACCCUUUUCUUGGUGUUAUGACCCGAGAGAUCCCCGAGGUAGAUGCAGAGGAGAAUACAGGGGGUCCUUUUUUAGGGGUUCUCCCAGAAGCCACACACCUUACAGACCCCCAACAGGGCAAUGAUAAUCUAAACCAUCUUCUGAAUAGUGAGAAACUAGAGGAGAACUUUCUUUUUCUCAAGGAGAACAACCUCAUGAGGGAAAGUUCAAUUGCCAAGAGUCUUACUCCACCGCUGAGGUUUCUUUCUCCGGGAGUAGUCCAUGCACCUGAGGAGAGCUUCAAAAUGAGGUCCUGGGACCAUAUUGACACAUUAGACAGUUUAAAUAUGGCAGAACCCAACUUCAAACCUUUAGGAGAGAGCCUAUCCCCCAGUCAGAAUUCGAGAUCCAGCGUAGGGAAUUUCUGUGUGGUAGAAAAUGAAACGGCGUUGCCUUCUAUUGUAGUAAUCACAGACGAUGUCAUGGACAACCAGCUGCAGGUUAAAAAUAACUUGUCUUCUGAAGACUUCAGUAUAAUGUGUUCCACCGACACAGGUAUUGAGUCAGGUCUGGCCUCAGAAAGAUUUGAGGUUCCCGUUGAUCCAAUUGAAAGUCACUCCACUCUUGGAUUUUCUGAAUGUGCCAAUUUAGACCUUCUGUGCACGGACACCACCAUCCCGGACCCUAAAGAUAACUGUGGAAUCUCAGAUGAUAGGUCGGGUGUAUUUGAGGUUAACCACCCUGAUGAUUUUGAAGCCACGUUUCCAGACAACGGCCACAGCGAAGCCCUGACAAGCGAUGAUUUCUUUAGUGAACUCAUCGAUGACGUGGAGGCGGAACUUGAAACGGUCCUGUCAGACCCAGAAGAAUCCUUCACGGAUGACUGCAAUGGUCCUCCUACUAGAUCUUCUCUGCUAGUAUCAGGGCCUUCCCUAGACCAGAUAAGCCAGGACUCCUUACUGGAGGACAGCGUUUCAACCACUCUCCCAACGGUGGAUAACUCAGCCGAAACGCCCGACUCCUUAGAUUCUCUCGACAUCCACAGAAUGGGCGGCCAGGUUGAAGAGAUCAACGGUCUCGCAGCUCCUGAAAAACUCAGGCCUCCCUGCAAAGUCGCAGACAGUGGGUAUGAGACUGAGAACCUGGAGUCUCCAGAAUGGAACUCUGAGCUCCUUGGCAGAGACCAAUCCCCGGUAGAGAAUGGCAUUAGUGAUCCUAAGGGGGAGGAGAAGGACGCAGAGAAUCUUGAAGCUGCUGCGUCACUUGUUUCUCCAGAAAUCGUCAUCUCUGAAGUGGAGAACGCAAUAGGUGGUCAGAACGAGGAGAAUGAGGUGGAUGAGGAUCAGCCACCAGAGCACAUAGCUGCUGUUGGAGAGCCCUUCGUGGUUGGUAGCUACAGGGACUCUGCAUACUUCUCAGACAACGAAUCGGAACCAGAGAAGAAGCUGGAUGAGGUUAACCCGGUUGAAAGCACUACUGAAACCUUAUGGGUACUGAAUGCUGCUGACGUUGUCAGCAGUUCCUCAGGUGGUUCAUCAGCUGAGGUCAUGGUGGAGGAAUAUUUGUCCACUAUUUCUAAACAUGAGUCCUCUGCGGCUGCCGUGGCGAUGGCUGAUGUAGGAGGACCGCUGGUUUUUCAAGGUGAAGGGCAUUCAGCAGAAAUAGACUCUAAGGAGAUCCCUGAGAAGGAGGCGAAGGGGUCUGCAGAGGGCCAUAACACAGGUGUAGACAACGUGGACUUAAAGAAGUCCUCAGCUCAACACGAGUCCGGCCUUCGAGCGGAUUAUCCAGAAUUCACUUCCCGAGAUCCCUCUGCUACCUCAAAGAAACUUCCACCUUCAGAGAACAUGGCUCACCCCAAACUCACCAGGACCUAUGCCAGCGACGGUGUCAAGAUCAGGGAGCGCGAUGUGGAGGGCCGCUUCCUGGGGCGGCGAGAGAUGGAAGAACAGGAGGACGGGAUGGACGCCGACGAGGAGGAUGAGAACAGCGACGACUCAGACGAAGACGUGCGGGCCUACCGGCUGCACGACUCAAGCUCCGAGAGCGAGGACGACACCGUCCACCCCGUUCCCCUCAUCAUCUCGGACGACUGCGCCGCCAAAAACCUUAAGAGCCUGCUAAAACCCCCCACCCUCAAUGUAGCAUCAACAACACUCCCAACGCCCUCCACAUCGGGUACCCCAACGGACAACUCCAGGCGAGCCGUAUCCUUCUUUGAUGAUGUUACCGUCUACCUUUUCGACCAGGAAACUCCAACUAAAGAGCUAGGCGACCACUCUGCGGGCUCCAGCAGCCAGGUGUCUGAGUUCAGCAGCCCGGUGCCCACUGCCAGCUACCUGAACAGGUUCACCAACUCGGAGAGCUCCACCGAUGAAGAGGGCGGAGGCUUCGAGUGGGACGACGACUUCACCUCCUCCACAGACUCCUCAUUCCUGUCGAAGGCAUCGCCCUCCUCCGAAGCGGCCUCCUCCUCCUCCUUCUUCAGCCCUGCCCCUGCCACCGGCCGCAAGCCGGAGACCACGUGGACGCCCUCGCCCAACUACUCCCGCUUCUCCAUCUCACCCGCUAGCAUCGCAAACUUCUCCCUCACACACCUCACAGACUCGGACAUCGAACAAGGAGGAAGCAGUGAAGAUGGAGACAAGGACUAGCGGGCUAGAAGGGGUGCCACUUCUCUGAUCGAACUCAUCGCUUGCACUUUCAGAACUAGGACUGGUCUCAUGGUGAUGUGGGCAUCCAUGGGUGCUUCUCUCAGGCUUAACGGCUGCUGAAGGGAGGACUGCUAGAACUACUACUACUGUACAAACGAAUGGCUACAUUCGCCAUAGCAGAUAAAAAUAAAAAAACACUUUCCUCGUAGCGAUUUAGGAACCGUCAACGCAAUCGCAUCGCUCUGCCCUCAUCACCUCUCUGGCGAUAUUCAACCUUCAUGUCCUGCAUUUCGUUUUUCUACCAGUGCAAUUAUUGUCCCUUCAGGAACAAACCAACCAACAUACAAACACUAAGCCGGGUCUGGUGUCCUUCUCACGUUUGCUUUAAGGAUGCGUCAUGCUAAUCGUCGCAAACUGCCUCUUCUCUUGUGUUGGCUUAUGCAAUCCUUUCCCGCCAUUUCUUUUCACCAAAAAAAAAACUUUGGAUCAAGUGAGUUGUCUGUUGGUUUUUUUUCUUUUUUUUUGGGGGGGGGGGGGGAUUGUAAGUAAAUUGUUGAUAAGCUUUGUGUACAGCCCCAAAGGAAUAAGCCCAUUUUUCACAGUUUUCUUUUUCACUACAUUGUGCGAUUAUUAAUGGUUGCCUUUUACUUUCCAGGAAUGGUUCUUGUUCCAUUGUUAAUUUUUAACCUAUUUUUCAGGUGUGUUCAGUAUCUAGAAAGAUUACUUUUUAAAUAACAUGUACAGAAUGUCUCCACAUAAACAUAUGCACACACUCAUAACACGCACUCUCUGGACUUUUGUGUUUAAAUGGAUAUCAUUAUUUUGAGGAAUGGCAUUUUAUUGAGACAGCUCAGCAAAGUAGGUUUAGAAGGAAGCUGUAGAAUGAAUAUAUGCUUUCAUCUAAAUAUAAUUUAAAUUAUGAUAUUUCAAUAACUAAAAACAGAUUAUUUAUUGAUACAGUUUGAAGCAUCUGUUGAUGGUUUAAUUUUUGGUUUGUCCAAUUGCUAAAUGAAAUCACGGUUAUGGCAUGAAUCAUAAUGGCACUCCUUUGUUCACUGUCACAAUAAAAUCUGUAGAUGACACAUCAAAUAAUAAUUUGUAUAGAAGGUAAGUGUUAUUAUAAUUUUUGUUCAACCGUCACGUAAAAUUAAGGCUGUAAAACAAGUGCAAUGAUUUCCUUGGUGAAAUGGUGUGUAUCGAGUUCAUAGGAUGAUUGGCAAGGCAGCAUUGUACGUGGGGUGGUGCAGGAACUUAUUUAAAUUUAUUUUCUUCUGUUGGGUCCUCAGAUGCGUUUGGUUUACUAUGUCAACCCAAAUGCUGUGCUCAAUGAGAACCCUUCUAAUACAGUUACCUCUUAAUAGAAGUCAAAAAGAUUAGGACGCCCCCCUUCUCUCACACACACACGCACACACACACUACCUUUUUAUUUGCCAUACCAUUGAAUCGUGCAUGACUUUAUAGGUGGUUAAAGUAUGGCAUAGCAAAUGUGUUUAAUGGAAAUGUCAGACGAGACGAUCAAAGAGAUGUUCAUUUUAUCUUUUAUACAGUGUCUCUUUAUGUAAAUGCAAAACUGAGUUCUUCCAAACUCUAUGGGGUAUCUCUUCAUAGCUUGUCCAUUACACGUUUGUUAUAAGUUGUCAUUUGGUGAUUAUCUAUCGCUAUAUAUAUCUCUUUAUAUAUAUAUAUAUAUAUCUACAUAUAUCUCUUAUCUCGAUUUCUAGAUAUAGAUAUAGAUAUAUAUAUUUCUAAUAGCUCUUCACCGGUAGCGAAUAGUCAGGCUAGUCUGUACAGUACACACUGUAUCUCAAGAAAACUUUUAAACCUGUUUAAAAUCCACCAGCCAACUCUGGUUAACUUGAACGUUUUUAUUUAAGAGAUCUUUUUCGUUUUAUUUUCAACUACAGUAUACAUUUGCUUAAUCUUGCACAUUUGAGAAGUGUUUCUUAAUGUUGAACUAUACUGAUGUAUAUAAUUUUUGUCUGCUAAUGGGAAACGAUGUAAUUGAGUGCUAGGUAUGAGGUUUCACUUUGUAAUUUAAGGAGUUGUACAAAAUUAAAAAAGAAAAAAAAAAGAAACAUAUCACUGUCAUUAGAGUGGGUUAGCUCUGGUUAGAUCCUGUUAAAUUAACACACACAGCUAAUGUGGAAAUUCAUUGUCCUUUGAACUUGUAGAUUUAAUACAAAUAUUUUUAUUUCAUUGAUCAUGGUUAUUGUAAUUGAAUUAAUUGUUUAUAAUUACACUGUUUAAUAUGGAAAUAAAUGCAAAAUGUACUUCUAACUGGGGUUGGAUAUG